AUGGCAAGGAUGGCACUGAAGGCGGUGCGCGCCUCUGUUUGCCAUUCGAAUGCUUCUAGAGUCUCAAGCUGCACAGGCUCCUCCUCGCUGCGAUGCACCACGCCUCGCGCUGUUCUAUCACCAGCGCGCUUCACCAUCUUGCCCCGGACUCCCAAACGACACCUACAAACACAAGUCUUCUGGCUCCCGCCACUCAUGUUCGUCGGGCUUUUGGGCUCGCUCUGGAUAUGGAAAUGCAUGAUGAUGGUGGUGUUCCAGAACAAGAUCAUAUACAUGCCGGGUCUGCCGCCGAACGCACGUCGCGAGCGCAUUGAGGACUACGCCCGACAAUGUGGAGGCAUAUCAUGGCAGGCGCGUAGGAUACGAGCUGCCGAUGGCACGGAUCUGUCCGUUUGCAUGACGAGUGUAGAGUGCGGUGGCUCAAAAGCUGGCGCAUCGUCACAUGCUGCUGGGCGCGGCCUUGCAACUCCGGGUUUACAUUCUCUACUUUCAGGGUUGCAGGAUCUAUCCUGGGUCUUGAGGGUACUGCAAGGCUCGAGCCAGCCGGCACACUAUACAAUGGUGUGUUUGAGUUACAGAGGAUACUGGACAUCGCGUGGGCGCCCGUCCGAGAAAGGCAUCAACCUUGACGCACAAGCCGCGCUUCGAUUUGUCGGCCAGAUCCAUGCAGAGUCUUAUGGAGAGGAUGGUCCAAAGCCACUCAUCGUCUUCUGGGGUCAGAGCAUCGGGUCUGGAGUCGCGACGAACCUUGCUGCUUGGGAGGAGUGUUCAAAGUCUCUAAAACCCGGCGCCCUUGUCCUCGAGACGCCUUUCACAUCCAUAAGGGCAAUGCUGUUGGCGCUAUAUCCUCCUAAAUGGGUCCCUUAUCGCUAUCUUUGGCCUUUCCUUCGCAACCAUCUGGAUUCCUUGAAGAACUUUGAGAUGAUAGCUGCGCGUCGGGGCGAUACGACAGGUGAACCAUACAUAACACUGAUAGAGGGGGGUAGGGACGAGCUGGUCCCAGCGGAGCAUGGAGCUCAGUUGCAACAACGGUGUAUCGAACUCGGAUUGCCGGUAGAGAAGAAGACGGUACAAGGCGCCUUUCACAACGAUGUCAUGUUCCGUGCCGAGGGCCGGAAGGCCGUGGCAGAGGCCAUUGAGAGAGCGGUUGUGGCUCGAGCGCAAGUGCGAGACGAGGCCUAA